AUGUCUAAAAAUGGAACUUUUUCAAUAAGCAAGAGUCAACAAGCUGAACGUCUUAUUUUUAAACUUGUAAAUGAGAACAAGUAUAUUGUAAUUGAAAAGAGAGAUGCCAAUGUGUUGGUAAUUUUUUUAAGUAUGAAGGGACAAAUUAUUAAUAUUCCAAAAAAAUAUAAAAUUAAGGAUAUAUGCACCGGGGAUAUGUAUAAAUCACAUGAAUUCGAUAGAAUUCCUUGUUUUGUUCUAUCAAAUAAUUUGAAUGAUUUUCAAUUAUGUGUUAAAAAUAUUGAAACAAAAAAAUGGGAAGCGAUUUUUUGGUUUGAUAAGAUGGAGAUGUUUUCUGUAAAUCAUAGUUCUGAGAUUGUAGGCAUUAAUCGUAAUGAACAUCUUGAAUUGUAUUCUAGAAUUAACGAUAGUAUUCAAAAAAAGAUUAUUGACAUUGAGACUCAAGAGCAACAGGAAAAAAUGUAA